AUGAGAAUCGGUUCGUGGGCCGAUUCCUGUUCUUAUGCGCCCCUGUCCUUUUCAAAUAAAAUUGAAACAACAACAUCAACAUCAACAUCAACAUCAACAUCAACAUCAUCUGAAUCCAUUUCAACAGACAUAUCGGCGUCAAAUUGUAUUAUUACUGAAAAAAACAUAGUCGAUACAGUUGUUACUGUUAACAGAUUAAAGCAUUAUGCAUUUAUUAAAAGAAAUGAUAAUGCUUUACAUCAAGAUAUAUUUGCACAUGACGUCUCAAUAAAACAAAAAUCAACAUAA